ACUCUUCUUUGCUUCAAUUCAUUGUCAAAUUUGAGUCGCUAGUGAACCAGUGAGAGAGAAGAGAGAGAAAGUAGAUCGGAACUAGGGUUUUGAAAUGGCGUCGCAGGGAAGGAAGAGGAUCGACGCCGUCGAUUCUCGUGCCGCCUCCGUUCUCGUUCGCUCCAGAGACGGCAGCGCUUUCGCCCGAUGCGAAGAGUGUAACAAGAGUGUUCCUGUUGCACUCAUCAGCAUGCACAGUUGCAGCCUCGAAGCAAAGAUCAAGAUGAAUCUCGAUGCUCAGGUUAUUGAACAGGCUAAUGAAGCCAAGAAGACUGAGAGGAAGAAGCCUAGUUCUAAAGAACCAAAGGCAAAAAGGGCUAAAACUGAGAAGGCGAAGAAGGUCAAGGAUCCUAACCAGCCUAAGCGUCCUCCCACUGCCUUCUUUGUCUUCUUGGAUGAUUUUAGAAAAGAAUUUAAGGAAGCAAAUCCUGGUUCAAAGGAUGUCAAAAGGGUUGGCAAAGAGGGUGGGGAAAAGUGGAGGGCUAUGACUGAUGAAGAGAAGAAGCCUUAUUUGGAAAAAGUUGCUGAGCUCAAGGAAGAAUAUGAGAAGGCUAUGGCAAAUUACAAUGCUGCUGAAGAUGAGGAAAAAGAGGAAGCUGAUAAGGAAGCUGCUCCCACAGAAAUUGAAGAGCUGACAGAUGAUGAGUAGUGGUAGCAUCUUGCCCUGCGUAAAUCUGAUUAGUAUGUGGAAAAGAGCCAUUUAACAUAGUCUAGGGUUGUAAAUUUUGGAACAUGUUUUGAUUGGAUGCGACAAUUUUAAUGGCUUUGGAUCCCUGUGCCUCAUCUUUUUGUACUUCCCUGUUAAAUUCUAAGUUACAUUAUUUUCUACAUGAGGUGCGUUGUUGCCUUGCCCUGCAUUCCUCACUCAUGAAUGUUUGAAUGUGAGUUUCGGCUCCUGCUCAUGUAUGAUUGAUGUAUAUCUUUAUAAAAUUGUGUGUUUGUGUUUAA